ACAAUGGAAACUGAACGACUUCAGAACAGCACUGAAGCGUUAUGUUAUCAUGUAAGACGCCUUUCUGCGCCGCACAAACACAUGCGGUACUACAGCAGAAUAUGUCACUCACUAUUCUGCAGGUGCACUGGUGACAGGCGCAUGCAAGUUCACGAGAAGGAAGCGGUCUGAUGGCAACUGGAAUGCCAGCAGUAUGAGAGGAUGUGCAUUCUGCGGCGGAUCUCACCUGGACAAGAGCUGCACGAAGUACACAACAGUAGCACAGCGGAAAGAAUAUCUGAUUGAACAGAAGCGUUGGUUUGUGUGUUAGCGCACAGGGCACCGGUCAACUCAGUGCAUGGCCACCCGCAAGUGUAAUGUGUGUUCUCGCAUGGGUCACCAAUCAGAGUCACCAUCAUGUCACUAUCUGCCCCGAAUCUCAACAGAAAACUGACAGCAGUACCAACAUAGUAGCUGAUCAGCCUGUGGCUGACGAGGUACCAGCAUCUAGUACAACAGCAGCCAGUGCAGCAUCAACCAGUAUCGCCAUCGACCGUAAGAUAGUCGUCGCGGUGGUGAUGAAAGGAAAACAAAUCCUGUGCAUGUAAUCAAUGCGGGACUCCCCCUAAAAAUUACCCCAGUUGCGGAGAGACUGUGACAGCCACGUACAUGUACAUGUACGCCUAAUAGUAUCGACAUGAACCGACCCGGUCUACCGUGUCGUGUUCGCAACCAUUCGUGAUUCAAGACCAGAACAGUUUCGAUUUCGUUGUUUGCGAGACAAGUCAAAGCGAGACGUAGUCGGGUACCGGGUAACUGGUUGAUUUAUUAAUACGGACAAAUCCAUGCUGUUACGUGUCCCACUGGCACUGAUGACAUGUGACCGCAGCCACAACUGCUUUGAAAAGUUACUUCUGCCUGCGAAGCUGGCACUUGUAUUGGUGGGGGAAACCGUUGAAGACGAAAGGCGAUGGUUAUCAGUGUUUUAGAUUUUUCUUGUCUUUCUCUCAUGACUAUAACUUCUAGCUAUGGUGUAUCAUACUAAGUAUUGCCCGGUAUGGCGGUAGCGCUAGCGGUGGCACUAGUCUAAAGCAACCACGCAACGGUCCAGGUCUCGUGUCCUUCAACCCUUGCGACGUUCUUGCCCUUUGGGCUGACCCGGGAUUUCAAGGACCUCAAGAAUUGCGGCGGCGGCUCCCACAAUGGCGUCGGCACGGGCUAAAGCCGCCCAGGAGUCGCCGAAGAGUUUGAACGCAAAACUACGCGAGGAAAUCGAAAAGGACAGCAGAUUUCAAACAUGGCCGAUACAGGUGAAGAUGACGCUGCAUCUGGUGCUAUUCGGCAAUGUCCCGGAGAAUGUCAGGCGUGGUCUCGCUGUUGCUGACGCGUUUGCCGAGGGAAUAUCACCGGGUAUACUUCUGGGCAGUAAGGAGAGCCGUGCCUGCUCCUGUCUGUUGCUGGGUUUUGCUACUGACGAAGAGCAACGCAAAGCUCUAGACUACCUGAAGGGCCUGCAGAAGAGGAAAGUCAAGAAGGUUCUAAACACCAUCUCUGGCGAUUUGGACUUCAGCCAGUGUGUGGUCGAGGACUAUGGCUCUCAGAGAGUCGUGUGUCCUCCGGUUCCCGAGAUCUUUGCCAGCCCUCACUUCACCGAACCGUUCAGCUACUUUGAUGUUCCCCGACCACUGACUCUACAUGUGUGGGCUGUGGCUGUCGACGUGUUUGAUGACGAGAUUGCUCGCAACCCAGUGUUGCUGCAACGGCACUUCCAAGCCUUCUCCAAGAUGGUGGCAAUUGCCCACUUCUCACCCGCCAAGGUCGGAUCAUCCUCAACGAAAGCUACAGUCUACAUUCUCGACAAAUACAGUGUAGACUACUUAAAGAAGCUAGCUAAAAACCUGAAGGACUACCACUACUUUUCUGUUGUGUCCGUGAAGGAGGAGGAGAAGGAGCUGUCCGCGCUAUGUGCCGUGCAAGAUGUAUGCCUCACAAACUACCUACAGGUGGAUGGGGAUCGGGAGAUUCUAACAGCACCGGUCACGGUCCGGACGAAGGCUACCCGCCGCACUCACAUGAGACUAAUCUUCCAGAUACAAUCGCAAGACAAGUGGACCAUAGGAUGUGACAUGGACAACAUCAGGUUUUCUCCUAUACCUGCCGUCGCCAGGGACGACCGUGAUCGCCGCCGCCGAUACCAUAGUAAGAUGGUGAGUAUGCCAGGGCGCGACGUAUGCAACUUCUUACUCACAACGCACCGGGCCGAGGCAGAGGCAUUGCUGGAGAGUUCAAACUGCCGCUUCCGGGAGCGUCGUGGAAAGUAUCAGAACAACUCCUUUGCUUACCAGCUGGCUGUGCUCGAAGCUGACACAGAGGAAGAAGCAGCGAAUGGCAAGGCAGCACUGGAACUACUGGCCCACGAUAUACUGCAGCAUCGCGUCUACAAGAGACUAGUCAUUAAGCCGCCCGAGCUCAACACCGUUAUGAGACUUGCUAAAACAAAGCUGAUGCAAGACAAAGAAACUGCUCGAAUUGUGAAGCCCCGCACCAGAGCAAUUGCAGACCAAGUUCCACUCUGCUUUGCAAAGUUGCAUCAGUUCACCAGAGGGGAGAGACAGGAACAGACCCUGACUUUGCAGCUCAACAAGCCCGUACAACGACCAAUUUGCAAUGGCUGAUGUAGAUGCAAUGGUGCUCUUCUCCAACUCAACACUGCUUCUUGCUGACGGCAUAUGGCACGUGACGUUAUCAACCACGGCGGUACUGGCAUUGCCGAUGAUUCACAAGCUUGGGUUGAGAGCAAUGGCGACGUAUUUACAACUGCACAAGCUCUGAGCAGCGGAAAGCUGCCUGCCCCGGUUCUCAUCCACUCCAACCCGAACUGUAUCAAGGGCGGAAAUAUGCGAGAAGGGCAGGUGUUCAAGACCGCUUUCUCAAAGCAACUCAAGCUCAUCUUCCAGACUGCAUCAGACGUCCAGGCAAAAUCCAUCGCCAUUCCAUUUCUCCCAAAGCCAGGACCAGACCAUCUGAAGGCUAGAUAAUGGUUCCAGCUUAUCGGCCAAGGAGCCAUGGAAUGUCUGCGUAGCGGCACAAGCUUGGAGAGGAUCCUCUUCAACUAUCACACCCAGUCUUCCAGUAACCCGACUGGUGAUUUGCAAUUCGCUCUGUCCGCUCUGAUGGAGGAGAACGUACCGACUGCACGCAAAGGCAUCGGCAAUGUUCUCUUCUCGUUUCAGAAGGUGGAGACACCAGCACCACCCGUUGAAUGCUGUCCACCGUCGGCAUCUUUCCUGCUUGUCGCCGAGUCUUAUGAUGACUUGAAAACGGGGGAGGCAUGUCUGCAGCAGACGCUCCGCGACGAACUGAUCAUUCAACGGCAUGAAUGCAAAGGACUGGAUGCCCGCGACGUUUAGUUGUGAUGAGCUGGAAAGAACUGCUCAUGGAAUUGAAGAUACACUGCAGCCUGACAGCCGAGGAAAGUGAGCGAGGAGCCAGCUGUCUGCUCUUGCGUGGUCAGAGGAAGAAUGUUGGUGAUGCCGCUAAGCUGUUGAAGGUGCUGAUUGCUGAUCUGGAAGGCAGUACCUCGGGAGUGAGCCUUGAACAUCCAGCUGCAGCUGAAAGCUGUCAUGCUGCCACCGCCGCAGCCGCCAUACCAUGAGCACUGAACAGUAUUGGUGGACACAUACAUGUGUGUGUGUGUGUGUGUGUGUGUGUGUGUGUGUGUGUUCAUGUGCGUGGUGCGCGUAUGUAUGUAUGUGUGUGUGUGUGUGUGUGUGUGUGUGUGUGUGUGUGUGUGUGUGUGUGUGUGUGUGCGCCAUCGCUGUGGACCCUGCCCGAAUCGCCCUACAGUGACUGAUCGCCAGCACUUUGAACAUCAUUGCCGAGUCUGUAAUCGACGCCAGUUUAGGAGGCGACAGGACCUGGAGCGCUAUUUGAGGCACCACCUACCUCUCCCCUAACCUCUCUGACAGUACCUCCCUUCGGUGAGCGGCGUGGCCAUUUCUGGCAGCUGUCAAUAGUAGUAGUGAUGUGUGUGUGUGUGUGUGUGUGUGUGUGCGCGCGCGCGUGUGUAUGCAUGUUUGUGUGUGUGUGUGUGUGUGUGUGUGUGCGCGCGCGCGCGUGUGUAUGCAUGUUUGUGUGUGUGUGUGUGUGUGUGUGUGUGUGCGCGCGCGCGUGUGUAUGCAUGUUUGUGUGUGUGUGUGUGUUUGUGUGUGUGUGCAUGUGUGUGUGUACAUGAGCAUGAGUGGGUGUUCAGCACAUGCCUUCUCAAUAUCUUUAUAUCAUGCUUACAGUCUUCUCGUCCUGACUGUCUUAGUGUGUACGAUGACUCUCAUUUCUCUGCACUGUGUGACAGUGUAGUGCCUGGUAUAUGUCCAGCCGUUGAGGAUCAUUGAGGCAGUUUGAAUACGUGUGCAUAAACCUGUUUCAUGUAAGCAGAAAGAGCAUGUUGUUGCACCUACAAGGCUCCGUAUAGUCAAAAGUUGACACUUCGUUCAGUUCCUCCUCACCUUUAGUUAUGUACAUUUGUUACCAUUUUGCGUUACCAUCUAUGUGCGGUAGUUUUAUUGCGCUUGUAUCAUGAUGUAUGUGUCAUUAUAGCACCUUUCUAUUACUCAACCUUAGUUGCAUUCGUUGUUGAUCCUUAGCUCCGUAUGAAUUCCACUGAUGAUAGGAGCGAGAACAUCGAUUCUGGAAAUUUACACGUCUAAACUCGAACAAGUGUCAUAAUUAUAGCGUGGA